AUGGCAGACGGCACCAGCGAGCAGCGCAUGGCCCCCUGCACUUCCGUCAGUCUAGUGAUGAAUGUGGAGAGUGAGAGGAAGCCUAGACACGGGGUGGUGUCUGCGGCAGCUCCACACUGCCCCGGCAAACCAGAAGGACCACAGCAACAUGGUGGGAAGGUGAAGCAGCUCCGAGUGCUGCUCUUGGACGAGGAGUGUGAGGAGUUUGAAGUGGAGACCUUCACUGACUUUGCUUCUCCUCAGCAAAAAUCCACGGGCAAGGUCCUCCUUGGUUGCAUCUGCCACCACCUCAGACUCGUGGAGGAAGACUACUUUGGAGUGGAGUUUACCAACCGCCAUGGGAACAUGGUCUGGUUGGAUCCACUUAAACCUAUUUUCAAACAAAUCAGAGGUGUGAAGAAUGUCCUGUUCCAGUUUGUGGUGAAGUUCUUUCCACCUGAUCCCGGCCAACUGCAGGAGGAACAGACAAGAUAUCUGUUUGUUCAGCAACUCAAAAGGGACCUGGUCUCCAGGCGACUCGUCUGCAAUGACAACAGCGCUGCUCUGAUAUUGUCCCUCAUCAUCCAGGCUGAGGUGGGUAACUUUGAUGAGGAUUUGGACCAAACGCAUUUACGAUCCAAGAUAUACUUCCCAACCCAGGAACUACUGAGCCACAAGAUCAUGAAGUUCCACCAGAAGCUCUUCGGGCUGACCUCAGCUGAGUGUGACUCCCGUCUCUUGGAAACGGCUCGCAAGCUGGACAUGUACGGCAUCAGGCUGCACCCGGCCAACGAUGGAGAGGGGACGUUGAUCAACCUGGCCAUCUCCCACAUGGGCAUCUUAGUCUUUCAGGGCAAAAUUAAGAUCAAUACGUUCAACUGGGCUAAGAUACGCAAGCUGAGCUUCAAGAAGAAGUAUUUCCUGAUCAAGCUGCACUCCAACAUCUUUACUUCCUCCCGUAAGGAUUCCUUGGAAUUCCUAAUGGAAAGCCGUGACACAUGCAAACACUUCUGGAAGACGUGCGUUGAGUAUCAUGCAUUCUUUCGGCUGCCAGAGGAGCCCAGAUCAAAAGCCAAGCCCUUCCUGUACAGCAGGGGAUCCUGUUUUCGCUACAGGUAACAUCCCUCAAGAUACUUCCUCUCACCCGGUUAGUUCACAGGAGCGGAUUCAUGUAACUGGGUAACUUUAUGUCCAGUCUCGGCUGGUUUGUCCUGUCCAUCGUGGACGGGUUGAUGGCUGAUGGCUUAGUUUAUUGUCACGUGUACCGACGUAUAGUGAAAAGUUCAUUGUUGCAUGCUAACCAGUCAGUGGGAAGACUAUACAUGAUUACAAUCGUGCCGUCCAGUGUACACGUACAGGAUGAAGGGGAUGUUUAGUGCAAGUUAAAGUCCAGAUUGGAGAUGUGUGAGGGUCACCAUUGAGGUAGAUGGGUGAUCAGGACUGCUCUCUAGCUGUUGAUAGGGUAGUCCAGUUGCCUGAUAAAAACUGGGAAGAAACCGUUCCUGAACCUGGAGGUGUGUGUUUUCACACUUCUGUACCUUUGCCUGAUGGGACAGGGGUGAAGAGUGAGAUUCAUCAGGCAGGGCACCUGC